AAAGCAUAAACCUAAUUACCAUGUUUGUCCUGAUGCACUCCAUCUUAUAGCAGAGUGUGUGUGUGUGUGAGUGAUAAUAAUUUUUGUUUUGAUCGAAGCAGGAUGUUGUUGGAUGUUUUACUUAUUCCUGAUAGAUUGGCCUUAUGAGUGCAGGAGAGGCCCAUCGAUGGGGAGAAACUAAUGGCAUUGAUUGUGGAUAUUGUGUUUUGGUCUGCAGGGACUCCAGUGAAUCGGAUUCCUAUCAUGGCCAAGCAGGUGUUGGAUCUCUAUACCCUCUACAAGCUUGUGACAGAAAAAGGCGGCUUAGUGGAAGUCAUCAAUAAGAAAAUAUGGCGCGAGAUCACCAAGGGCCUCAACCUUCCUACCUCCAUCACCAGUGCAGCUUUUACACUCAGAACACAGUAUAUGAAGUACCUCUAUCCCUACGAAUGUGAAAAGCGGGGUCUCAGCUCCCCCGGGGAGCUCCAGGCAGCUAUCGACAGCAACCGCCGCGAGGGCCGCCGGCAGAGCUACGGCUCGGCCCUCUUUAACUACUCGCCCGUGGGCACCCCCACCCUCCUGUCUUCACCCAAGCUCCAGAUGCCCCACAUCGCCAUGCACACCAGCAACGGAGGCCACCUCUCUCAUGGCCAGGCCAUCAAAAAAGAGGACUCCAUGCUGUCCAACUGCCUGAGCAGCCGGGGGGGCAUCCCUGCGUCUCUGGCUGGGCACCACGGGGCGGCUGCCCAGGCCAUGGCCGCCCAGACGGCCGCGGCGGCCCAGGUGGCCCAGGCCCAGGCAACGGCAGCGCAGGCGGCCGCGAUGAUGCAGGCGGCCGCGCUGGAGCAGCUGCGGGAGAAGCUUGAGUCGGGCGAGCCGCCGGAGAAGAGGAUGAUGAUGAUGGCCGAGGAGCAGCAGCGCCUCAUGCAGCACGCGCUGCAGCAGAACCUGCUGGCCAUGGCCUCACAGCUGCCCAUGAACAUCAAGCUCAACAACAGAGAUGAUAGACAAGAGACCGCAUUGAACCUGUCUACCAACGGCAUUAGCAGCAUCAACAUGUCAAUAGAAAUAAAUGGAGUUGUCUACACAGGGGUCCUGUUCGCCCGUAAGCCCUCCAUGCCAGUGAUCCCUGGAAGCCACCGAGGCAACCACCACCACAUCGCUCAGGGAAAGUCCAGCCCGGGAUUGGCCACGCAGAUCCAGCCCUCCUCGUCCGCCUCCUCCAGCUCGUCCUCGGCACACGGCAACGCGUCCCCCUGAGCAAGAGCAGGCCUCCCCCAUCCAGCUCCCCCCUGUCCUCCCUCUGCAGCCUCUCCUCCUGUUGCAAAGACCCAAAGCAAAGCCGAGAACAGAAGAUAGAACUCAAACACGCAUUUAUCCGAUUUGAUUUUGUUCUUUUAGAAGGUGGCUUUCGUCUCUUUUUAUAUAAAAAGUCCAUCAUUCAAAAGUGACAAGAUCGAAUGUUUAUUUAAAAACCAGAAAUAUCUAUAGUUUUUUUUUUUUUGAUCAAAGAGGAUAUAUGUAUAUACAUUGAAACCGAGAGAAUACACGUUGUCCUACUACAUUCACCUCUGAGCAACAUCUGCUACGAUAGUAAGUGGGCUUGUUGGGUCAGUAAUCACACGUAUGAAGUAAGUAUGUUUCCUCACCACACUGUUCUGUGGGGAGAAGCUUUAUCGUGUGAUUGUGCCACAGUCGCCCGGGACAGUGCAAUGACUGUGGAAAUGACAAUGGCACAAUUCUCUGGUGACAAAUAUCUGAGGUGGGGGGGUGGGGGGAUUGGGGGACUUUUUUCAUGUUCUCUGCUGGCUUUGUUAUCCUCUGUUGCUUUGGAAUCUCAUAUUGUCAGCCUUGGCGUUCUCCUAUCACAUUUUCAAACAGGUUAGACGUGCAUUUGCACCUAAAUCACUAAAUCCCUCAGAACCUGCAGCUUAUACCAAAGAAGACUAGAAUGCCAUUGACAAGGUAACCACGCUCAGGCAUGGUCGUCGAAUUACAACAAAUAUAUUAACGCACAGUUUUUUUCUCAAAGCACUGCAGUAACUUGGAACAAGCCACUGAAGAAUCAGAUCAGAGGUCUACGGUAGUUCCAAAUACCAAACCGAGGGGUUUUGUACUUGAGAAAUAAAAGAAUGAUAAUAAUAAUUGUAGACGUAGGCAAAGCACAUCCCACUGAAAAGGGGGAGGGACAACUUGUUAGCAGUCAGGGAGAUGUACCUAUCGAUGCUUGUUUUCUUUUCUUUGUAAAGGAAAAUAUCUAAGUGAUGUGCUAUCUGCCGCGGUGGACAUCAAUCAAUCAAAUCAAUCAAAUGUCAUGUCCACAUGUUCAGUGGGACAAUCAGUAAGUCGCACUGGUAUUUAAUACAUGCAAGUCUUUUUUUAAAUGUUUAAUUGUAAUGUAAGGGUUAAGGCAACCUAGAUAGGAAGCCAGCAACAUUGCUUCAUGAUCGAUUGUGGUUAGAGCUUGCGACAAUGUACACGCCAAGAUGUAUUCUUCUUGGCUUCGUGGAGAUGGCUCUCGCCACCAAUGUAGACUUUUUUUAUUUACAAAAGUGACUUUCCAUCUACAACGAAACUAUUUGUCAUUGAGGUUGUUCUAGCUGGGUAUAUAAGGGGUUCCCUGGAUCCAUUAAACCGCAUGCAACACAGUAAAGAAACAGGCUUCUCCGGCCAAGAGUGGUUUUGGGAGCCUGAGGGUAGUAUCAUGCCAAAAGUCAUGUUAUGUACAAUGGCUGCGGACACCCCUAUGGUUAGAGGAAAUGAUUGAGCACUUCAGUACAUUUCUCAUUAAAUGAAAUAGAUAGGGAUCCCUGGGAGGUACAGCGAGCAAGACGGGGGGACGUCAUUGUGGAUUUGAGGAUUGCUGAAGAAGUAGCUAUUGGCUUUAUUGUGAAUAGAAUCCAUUUUUUUUUUUUUUUAAAUAAUGCACUUGCAUUUGACUUAUUUCUCUAUCUCCCUCUCUCUCUCUCUUUUUUUCUCUGCCUCUCACUCCCUCUUUUAUAGUCUCUCUCUCUCUUUCUCUCUCUCUCUCUCUCUCUCUCUGUCACAAUAUAUAUAAUUCUCUUCCAAGUUUUAUUUUUAUCCCUCUCAGCAUUGCUUCAAAAAUACUUUCUCUGUUGUUAAGGGAAAUGGGAAACUGUUUGAUGAUAUUCUUGUGUUAAUCUUUUUUAAAGUCUAUUAGCAUAUGAUUUAAAAUUUUAUUUAUUUCGCUCUUUUUUAUUUCGUGUUUUUGGGGCUGUAACAAUGCAUUCAGCUACACCACUUUGCUUUUGGCCCUUUUUAAGUCCUUCGAAAUACAGCCAGAUACCUCACAAAUCUGUACAUACAUAAUAGAUUAUGAAAACAAAUAUACCUCAUAUUUCAUUUCUAUUCUUUUUAUUGUGAAGCCACUUGAAAAAAAAUCAAUAUUUUUGUUUCAACAGAUCACUGGAUUUUUUUUCUUCUUUUUUUCAUAUAUUGUAUUGUUAUACCAAGAAGGGAAUAUUUUAUUAACAGACAUCUACCUCAUUUGUUCUAGACUGUGCCAACAAAACAUAACCACAAUCGCCAGUUUUUAAGUAUAGCCUUUUGGCCCAUACAAAGAUUAUUUGCUUGAACAUAUGUACUGAGAUGAAAAAAAGAAGUUGGUGGACCACACGGGGCACGAGGCAAUGUAUUUGCAUCGCUUCUUCACUUUCCUUUUUUUUAAUGGCAUUAUAUUGUUUGGGAGAAAUGCCAGAAGGAUUAUGUUUUCUUGUACAUGGCUAUCUGUUCAUUGCUGUUUAAUGUUGAUAUUCAGUUAGGUGUACUGCACAUCUGAUUGAUAAAUGUAUAGGUUGAAGUAAUGUUAUACACCGUACUCAUACCAUCCUGUCCCAAGACAGGCAGCCACCACUGGAGUGUACAGUGUGUUCCGGUGUGCGUACAUUACCGACGUGUGUGUGGUUGGUUGCUGUCUGAUACUCUGUCAAUUCCAGUGUUUACUUGAAAGACUUUAAGUCAUUACAGUGUCAUUACAGAGGAGAUGUUUUAUGAUAUAUAAUGAUUAAGUCCAAACUUGCAGUUUACCUACAAGUGGUUUCUUAGAAGCAUUAACUCAGCAAAAAUCCCAUCCAAACACGCCUCUUCAUAAUUCACACCGUUGUUUCCUAUUCAAAUGUACCAAAGAUUUUGUAUUGUACCUUUAGGUCUCUUUCCACACAAUGUCUUCCGCACAGUGCUUUUGUAAGAUCAGUGAGACUAGCAUUUGCAAAAAUGUGUAAUGGAUAGAUAGUCAUUACUCUUAAGAAUGUCUUUUUCUUAACUCUGUUACCUAGUAUGAAACAAUUAAAACGUUUCAAAUGGUUUGCUGAGGCAGUAAUCAGUUUAAAACAAAAAAAGUAGAUUUGAAAGAAAUCACACAACACACCGUUUAUUUUGGAUAAAGGGCCGUAAUGGAUGCACAAAUGUCUGUGGCUCAUAAUCAUUGGGGAUUGGAGUUGACAUAUCAGAAAUGUGUUCUUUCUCAUUUACACUGGCACAAUCUGUUCCCUCUCAUGACUGUUGUUCCCUCCCGCUCUCACGUCGACACACCAGAGUUUGAUACCAAACGCCAGUCAUAAAGAGUGUGUUGAUUGUGAAACGAGAACAAGAAAUCGCUGUAAUCUCUUGUAACCAAAGAAAGACACCAAAACACACACACACACACACACACACACACACUGGCUUACUAUUGACUAUGAAUAAGAUGACAAUGUCAGAAAACAAAGAAAUGUGUUGAAAAUAGCAUUCACUGAAGAAAAAGGCUCAGUUAUGUACUUACUGAAUUAACAUGUUGUUUACUUUGUUUAUUUUUUUUAGCCGUGCUAUGCUAGUAGAUUGUAGAACUUAUUAAGGCUUUAUUCGCAGUAUAUGAAGCUUAAACAUUUCUUUUGUUUCCUUUUGUUCACUUUGGAUAAAUCCAGUGUAUUAUGGGAAAGCUGGAUUGUGGUGCUCAGGGGUUAAAAAACACACAAAAAAAACAGGUGAAAGAGAUUUUUUUUCUUCGUUUUGCCAUUGACUCGUAGCAUAUUUAGAAAUAAAUUACUGCUUUAAA